AUGAUACCUCAGGCGACCUCGCGAGCCGCCGCCAGUCCAACUCCACCAAUCCUCAACACACCUGGCGGCCCAGCAGCACACCUUCGGUCUGCCCACACGCCCGUCGCUUCACCAAGGGAACAUGCCAGUCCUGGCAGCCCACGACACCAGUCUGGCACUAUCGACGUUGAUUCCAUGCUCCGCAGCCACGGCGGCGACUUGCGACGCACUCUCGACUCUGUUGUCGGCGAGCGAAACGCAUUGCAAGCCCAGAACACACAGCUAUGGAAGUUGAUCGAGAAGCAGCGUUCGCAGUGCGCGCACCUCGCCGCAGACAACGACCGACUGCGCGCAGAUCGUGAGCGCGCCAAUAGCCGUUUGAUCGCAGCCGGCCUCGAGCCGAUCCCUGCAGGCAAUCGGCGAGGGGGCGUUCCUCACAGCCAGAGCGCCAUGACGAUUGCCUCGACGUCCGCCUCGGACCACCGUAGGGGCUCAGAGAACGACGUCCCCUCCGCCAGUGUCACGAGAUCUGGCUCGACGUCGACAACACUCGACCGCGUAGCUGCGGAGCCCUCAGGACUGGGACCUUCCGCGUUUCCCCAGGACGACAGCCCUACUCCAUCCGCCCUCCUUCCUUCGCCAAUGUUUGACAGAAGACUGAGACACGAGAGCCAAAUGCAGUUUCCGCCCGAAGUCGCAUCGUUCAUGGCUUUGGCGGAGAAGGAGCCGUCAUCAGGGCCCUCGAUACACGGAGGCAGCAACAGCAUGAAUAGCCUCGCCGGGCAUGCCGAGCAGCACUCGCCAUAUACAUCGAGCCCAAGUGACAGCCGGCGCGCGUCGCCCAUCCCAGAGGCGUCUGAGGAGCUGGCCUCCAUACACCGCGCCACCUCGCCUCGGAUGUCGCAGGAUACGGUGACGUCCAGUCGCCCCUCCAUUUCUCCGGUCGUCGGCAACGAACCGAGGCCUUCUGUCGACUCCAAUGCCCCUGUUCCCCCCACAAUCGUCAGCCCUCCUCCCCCCGAUCACGCAUACCUCACACCGGCCCUUCUCCCUCACGCCCGCCUCUCCAUUCCCCACUCGACCAUUAUUCCCAAAGACCGUGGUCGUGAUGUGCUGUGCUUCAUCGUUGCGGUUAACAUCCGGCCGCCUAACGCCCACCCCUUGAACUGGACUGUCGCCAAAACGUUCUCGGCGUUCAUGGACCUCGACCAGCGCUCUAUGGAACGCUCGGGCAAGAAUCGCAAGGAGUGGAAGCGCCUCGUAUCUCCUCUUCCCGAAGGCAAGGCGUGGAAGGACUUUGCCCCGAGCAAGAUUGACCAGCGCAAGUCAUCUCUGGAACACUACCUUCAGUCGCUGCUUGUUGCACCUGUGAGCGACCAGACCGAUCUCGUCAACUUCCUCGCGAGCGACAUAGUACAGCAAAAGUCAAAUCGCAACCGCAAGGAGGGAUAUCUGUCCAAGAAGGGGCAAACCGGCUUCCGCGGCGCGGCUUGGAAGACGCGCUACUUUGUCCUCGACGGGUCGAGCAUGAGGUACUACGAGUCGCGCGGCGGACAGCUCCUCGGGCAAAUAAACCUGCUCGGCGCCCAAAUCGGCAGGCAACACCGGUCGGCCGAUCAGGCCGAGGACAAGAACUCGCGAUACGCGUUCUUGAUUCUCGAGUCAGCGAGGAAGGAGUCGUCGCAAAAUCGACAUGUGUUGUCAGCGGGUAGUGAUGCUGAGCGUGACGAGUGGAUCGAAAUGCUCAAGCGCCAGGUAGUACCUCCUCCCGCGCCGUCUGCGGUUGUGACACCACCACAGCAGACGCCUCCGCAGCAGCAGACCCCACAGCAGCAGCAGCAACAGCAGCAACAACAGCAACAGCAGCAGCAGCGGCAACAGCAGCAACAGCAGCAGCAGCAACAACAACAACACCAACACCAACAGCAGCAGCAGCAGCAGGUGCCCGAAACCACGAUCACUCAGGCUACUCCACCCGCAUCAAUCGCUAGCUCAGGCAGUGGAGGCGGCCCUCGCGAAUGUGGGCAUCAGAGAAGACGCUCAGCAGUGCGCAAGUCGAGCAAAGACGUUGUGGUCACGUCAGCCCAACCCAUGUCGCAGCUGCCCGACGCAAACGCCAAGUUUAUCUCUGGUGCGCCGCUCCCCAGCGUCAUCAACCACAUGGAGUCUCAACGUCAACAGAACUACGCUGGUGCACCGCAGAUCACGGGCACGUCGCCGCAGAACAGUCAGGGUCACCCUUUGGCUGCCGUCAGCAGCAUAAACUCGACACUAACAGUCAAUUCGGACCUUCUCGCGCCCCUCGAGCUCACGUCCAAGCCGACGAAGCGCCAGAGCGCCCUGCCCGGUCGCCAAUCGUUCUCCCCUGCUUAUCUCAAGCAGCUGGCUAAUGAUGGCGUGUCCCCUCCCGGUGCAGGUCUCAACUUUGAGCGUGACCGCGACCGCAAAGCUAAAAGUGGCCGCUUCUGGGGAUUCGGCAAGACCGUUGAGAAGCCGCCCUCCAAGCCCGUAUUUGGCGUGCCCCUCACUGACUCGCUCGCCAUUGCGCAGGUCGCUGGUCUUCCUGCCAUUGUCUUCCGGUGUAUUGAGUACCUCGAGGCCAAAAAUGCCGAGCAGGAGGAGGGCAUCUACCGUUUGAGCGGCGCAUCGGCUGUCAUCAAGGGUCUCAAGGAGCGCUUCAACUAUGAGGGCGACGUUAACCUCCUCGCGCAGGACGAGCGUUGGGACCCUCACGCGAUCGCUGGACUGCUCAAGUCGUACAUGCGCGAGCUGCCAACUAGUCUGCUCACGCGUGAGCUGCAUGGCCGUUUCCUGGCCGUGUUUGACUUGGUUGACCCCUCUGCUCGCGUUGUUGAGCUCUCGCGUCUCGUCGCUGAGCUGCCACCUGCCAACUACGCACUCCUACGCGCGUUUACCGCCCACUUGAUCCUCAUCGUGCGCAACUCUUCCAUCAACAAGAUGACACUGCGCAACAUUGGCAUUGUCUUUUCGCCCAGUCUGGGCAUUCCUGCGGGCAUCUUUUACGAGCUCGUGUCGAGAUAUGGCGCGAUCUUUGACGACGAUGGGAUAGACGAGCUGCCCCUCGAUGACCCGGCUUUCGCAGGCACAGCUGUCGCUUCCGAGGCACAAAGGCAAAGCUCGCCGACUGCUCUUGACGAGACGGCCAAGAGCAAGCGCAACUCUGUCCUGUACCACGCAGGAGGGGCUGACGCCAUGCUCGGUCUAGGGGGACGGGCUCUUGACCCUGCCACCGAGGACUCAAACUCGGAGGUGAGCAUUAGCAUAGAUGACCUCGAGUCGGAGCCGGCGUUGUCUGCGCCGAGCAGCGACAAUCUCUCGCUCGCGGCUGCGCCGGGGGCCGGCGCGGGCCGCCGGGACCUGUACAGCCCACGUAACGACGAGGUUGAGGCGCUUGCCCACAACCACAACCACAACCACAACCACAACCACAAUGGGCAUCCUUGA